AUGUGGGAUGGAUCAAGAGUGGGAAGGCUAAUGAUUGGGGCUAGGGUGAAUGAGCUGUUUUCGUUGAAGAAGGAAUUGAAAGAUGGUGCGGCUAUGAAUUUGGUAUCGAUAGCUAUGCACGACCGGAACCGUGAUCUUGCGGGUGCUGUGGGGGGGAUUUUGGGAGACUAUGAGCAUUGGGGCUGUGAGUUUCGGAAUCUCGCUACUCGUUUCCGAGCAAGAGCGAAAGAAGAGUAUGGAGGUGAGGUUAUGGAGAUGGUCGAGAAGACCAUCGAGGCCUACGAGGCGGUUGUGACGGCUAUACUGGAAUUUUCGGUCCAGAGCCCAAGGUACGGCAUAAAACAGUACCAGAGGGAAGAUGGGUAUUUUGAGAUACCUCUAUAG